AGCGAAGAGGCGCCGUCUGGGUGGUGAGGGAGCCAUGGGGAGCUCCCCGCACGGCGCGCACGUGAAAAGGAGCUGGGCCUGGGGUCAAGUGAACCAUCGAUCGUCAUCGAUGUCCGACGGAGGCAGCCAUCUCUGCUGGCGCUUGCCGACGCCUCCUCGCCGCAGGUUGCUCGUUGCACCUCCUUCUCUUGCAGCCAUAGACCCAACAUGCGAUGCCCAAGACCCUGUCCCUCUGCCUCGCGCGUGGCUGCUUCCUUCCUGCUGUCGUUCGUUGCCGCAAGCGUCGCGAGCGCAGCCGACAUGCCCGUGUUGCCGCCGCCGCCUCUCCCGCACAGCACUCCCCACGCCGACAAGGACUUUACGCUGCGACACAUCUUCCACCACGGCACCUACAAAUAUCCCGACCUGCACAGGCGACUCGACGUACCAGAGCAUGCCGCAGUAUGGACCAUCCACGACGACGACGCGGCCAGUCGCGAGCCUGUGCCGCGGCUGCGCGUCAAGUCCGAGGCCAUGAGCAUACAGCGCCUGGCUGAUAGGAGCAAGGAAACCAUCACCGGCAUACUAGAAUGGGGGCGAGUCACGGGAAGAGGCGUGCAGCUUCCUGAAGAAGACUGGACUAUCGACGAGAUAGCAGGGCCCAACGUGACGGACCGCGAGACCGUCCUGAGCUUCGCACGCAUGGCCUCGGACGCCUACAUACUCGAGCCCGGCACAGGAGAGUGGGAGCCCGUUGGCGGCGGCUUCAACUACACAGAAGACUUUGGCUGGGAAUCCGAUGGUCUGCGCGGCCACAUCUUCGCCGACACCGAGAACUCGACCGUCGUCAUAGGCCUGAAGGGCACGUCGCCUGCCAUGUUCGAUGGUUCAGAAACGACUACGAACGACAAGAUCAACGACAACCUGUUCUUCAGCUGCUGCUGCGGUCAGGGUGGGCAGUACUUGUGGCGACAGGUCUGUGACUGCCAAACGUCGGCCUACACCUGCAACUCUACCUGUCUGGUCACUGCGCUGCGAGAAAAGAACCGCUACUACUACGCUGCACAGGAUCUCUACCACAAUGUUACAGCGUUAUAUCCGGAUGCCGAGAUCUGGAUGGCUGGCCAUUCUCUCGGUGGUGCUGUUUCGUCCUUCCUUUCCCUUACAUUUGGACAUCCGGCCGUCACCUUCGAAGCUGUGCCCGAAGCCAUGCCAGCCUCGCGUCUCGGGCUACCCGUGCCCCCUGGCCACCAAAUCGGUUCACUACAGCAGCGCAAGUUCACCGGCGGUUUUCACUUUGGACAUACCGCAGACCCCAUAUACAUGGGAGCGUGUAACCAGGCCACCAGCGCCUGCACCAUUGGCGGAUAUGCCUUGCAGAGUGUCUGUCAUACCGGGCAGAAGUGUGUAUAUGAUACAGUCAAGGACUUUGGCUGGCGCAUGGGCAUCGGCACCCAUAAAAUUGUUGAAGUCAUCCGAGACGUUAUACUCAAGUACGAUGCGCCUCCUAAGUGUGAGGCUUACGUCGAUUGUACCGACUGCUAUACCUGGGAGUACUUUGAGAGCAACGGCACUGAGACUACCACUACCAGGAGCUCAAAGCCGACGGCCACAUCAACAUCAACCAGGUCCAGCCGCACGAGAACUGAAACUUGCAAAACGCCCGGGUGGUGGGGCUGUCUGGAUGAGUCCACAACCAAAUCACAUAGCAAGACUACGAUUACGACGACAUCAUCGACCUCGACGUGCAAGACACCCGGUUGGUUUGGCUGCAAAGAUGAGGAGAUGACAUCUACAACCAUGACGAUUACUACCACACCUGCUCCGGUACCUUCUGUGACAACAACUUCGUCGACACCCACUUCUACCUCAUCGUGCAAGUACCCAGGCUGGUUUGGUGGAUGCCUCGACGGUGACGAGCCGCCUGCAAAGACACACCACACACCCAAGCCAACUCCCACAGCUACCCCGACCAGCACAUCGUGCACAUCCGAAGGCUUCUUUGGGCUCAUAUGCUAUGACAAGUCGAAGAAACACAGAAAGACGAGCUCAGAAUCUCCUGUGACGGAGAGAAUGGAAAUGUAGAGACGUAAGGUAGGAAUGACGAGGCAAUGUUAUCUUGACUUCAUGGUUUUAGGCGUAGAGGGAGGCGUAAAGGAAGGCAUUAUAUCCAGGCGCAUGGCUUUUGGCUUAAGCAUUUACAUGCAUAGCGAACUCGUGCAAUAUCUUUUGAAUACAAACCAUACAUCACGAUGUGCCGUCUAUUUUUGGCGAUUGGUGACGGUGAUGCGGAGAUAGCGGGAAUGCAUGUUCGGUAGGUUC